AUGCUAGGCGACGACGAGGACGUCUUUGACAGCGUCACCUGGGAAUCUCCCAACGCACCAACCUACGACCCCUCGGAAGCUAUCGUCUCACAAGGUCCUGGAUUCAGGCAGACUACAUUUGACUCCAACGAGGACCCGCACCAACCGAAAUGGGAAGGGUACCUUAUAACCUCAGUCCGAGACCCCGUCAAAGAGCUGGCGGAGACCAAAGAUGCGUAUGUAUCUUACUUGGUAUCAGCAAAGACAAACCUUCCUAUAUUCUCAACCCCUAAUCCAUCCUCUCGCCGCCGCUUCCAGGACUUUGUCUUUUUGAGGGAACAUCUUGUUCGAGACUUUCCGGCAUGUGUGGUGCCUGCCCUUCCAGAAAAACACCGUUUGGAAUACAUCACUGGUGAUAGGUUCAGUCCAGAAUUCAUGGAACGACGAAGAUUAGAUCUACACCGAUUCCUAGAACGAUUGGCUCGACACCCUACUCUUCAAAGGAGCACGCUAGUUCGCGCUUUCUUCGAGUCGACUGAAUGGCAUGUUCAUAUGCACCAGCACGUCGCACACCCUCCAAACAGCGAGCACACCCAAGGUCUUAUAGACAACAUCUCAGACACGCUACUGAACGCUUUCGCCCGGGUGCGCAAGCCAGAUGAACGGUUUCUCACCAUGAGAGAGAAUGUGGACAAGUUUGAAGAAGGCCUUGUGCUCAGCGAGCGUCUUUUUAAUCGCGUAAGAGGGAGAACAAGCGAUGGCAAUCCUGAAUCCGGUGAAGAUCUUACUGCGGACUACCACGACUUGGCCGUCGCUGUACAAGGUCUAGGUUUCCUGGAAUCAGGUAUUACAGAUCCCUUGAAUCAUUUCUCGAACACACUACUCGAGUUUUCUGCGCUGCUUCGUCAUACUACCCAAACUACUACCGAUCCUCUUCUUGUUCACCUUCACUCGUUACUCACCUAUUCCCACGCAAAUCGAGCUGUUCUCAAGCUGAGAGACCAGAAACAACUGGAUUUUGAGGAGUUGUCGGAUUACUUGUCCGGUGUGACGUCAGAACGCGAUCGACUGGCUGCAGUCAUAAGCGGCCACGCUGGUAGUACCGGGCUUGGCCUUGGUGCCUACUUAAAGGAUCGUGUCGAUGCCAUCCGUGGCGCUGAUGAUGACCGAAGUCGUGUAGAGAAAAUGCGCAAGCUUGACCUUAAGAUCAAAGAACUCCAGGACGCUGUGACGACGGCCCAUGAGACAUCAGAUGCGUUUAGUGACGAAACUCUUCGAGAGCAGACUAUUUUCCAAUACUCAAAGGCAGCAGAGAUGAAGGAGAUGUUAGGAAACCUUGCUGAUGGCGAAAUUGAAUUCUAUAAAGCAGCUAUGGAGGAAUGGGAUCGAAUUAUACCUGUAAUACAACGCAUCCGCGUGGACGUUUAG